UUCUUUCUUACCGCCAACUUUUGUUUCGCGGCGCCACCGCAGGAAGCUCUUGCGCGUUGAGUCGUCCGCCAUGUCUGAUUAGGAGUCCUUUCACAGCACCAUGCCUGGGUUCAGUGACAAGGCCAUCGUCAUCGACGGCAAGGGCCACCUUCUGGGCCGGCUCGCCGCUGUUGUGGCCAAAACAAUCCUCCAGGGAAACAAAGUUGUAGUUGUUCAUGCUGAACAGCUGAAUAUCUCUGGAAAUUUCUUCAGAGCAAAGCUGAAGUACCUCGCUUUCCUGCGAAAGCGCUGCAAUGUCAACCCUGCCAGAGGCCCAUUCCACUUCAGGGCCCCCAACAAAAUUUUCUGGAGAACAGUUCGUGGCAUGCUGCCCCACAAGACAGAGCGCGGAAAGGACGCGCUGCGCAGGCUGAAGACGUACGACGGUUGCCCACCUCCGUACGACCGCCGCAAGAAGGUGGUGGUGCCGGGCUCGUUGCGUCUGCUGUGCCUCAAGCCUGGCCGCAAGUACUGCCAGCUGGGCAGGCUGUCGCACGAGGUCGGCUGGAAGUACCAGCAGGUCGUGCGAACCCUGGAGACCAAGAGGAAGGUCAAGCAGAUUCUGCGUCUCAGGACGAUCAAGUCGCUCAGGAAGGUGACGAGAGAAACGCGCGAAAAGGUUGCGAAAAUGACCAAGCCCUUCGACGAGUUGAUCAAGUCGUAUGGCUUCGUUUAAUUCCUGUCGAUCCAAUAAAACUUUUUCGUUUAAGAUAAA